AUGACCAAGCGUGGUGUGCUGGCUACCCUGUCAUCUUUGUUUGAUCCGAUCGGACUGGUUUGUCCGGUGGUGUUAGAAGCAAAGAACUUGAUGCAGCGUCUUUGGAAACAGAACCUGGGCUGGGAUGACCCGCUGAAGGAACAGGAAUGUUUGCUUUGGGAGAGAUGGUUGUCAGAGUUGUCCAGUCUUGUAAAAAUCGAGAUUCCAAGAUGUUACACUCUCAGCAGUGAGAAUGUACUGGAGAUAUCCCCACACAGUUUUGCAGAUGCUUCCGAGUCGGGAUACGGGAUGUGCUCUUACCUCAGAUUUGCAUAUGGAGAAGGAGGAGUGACCUGCUCAUUUGUCAUUGGUCGGUCACGAUGUGCUCCGGUGAAGACAACUUCUAUUCCGAGGCUUGAGUUACAAGCUGCUGUCCUUGCUGCGAGGAUUUCCUGUACUCUCAAAGAAGAGCUGACCUUGAAAAUCGAUUACGUUGUCUUCUGGAGCGACUCCCAGACGACUUUACAGUACAUCAGAAAUGAAAAAAAACGCUUUCAUACCUAUGUAGCAAACCGAGUGGAGGAGAUACGUAGCCUGACCAGUCCAGAUGAGUGGAGACACUGUCCAGGUGUCUUCAAUCCGGCCGAUGAUGCAUCCCGCGGUUUGAAGCCUGAGGAGAUAACAGUAGAACAUCGCUGGUGGAAGGGUCCUGACUUUCUAUGGGAACCAGAAAGUUGCUGGCCACAUACAGAAGUGGAUGCCCUACCAGAAGAUGAUCCAGAGGUUCGGACCAAGGUUCAAGUUCACCUUGCUGUUGGAGAACCACAGGCCCAGACUAGUUUAGAAAAGGUGAUAAAGAACACUGGCAGCUGGCAAACCUUACUCCGUAGGAUAGCAUGGGUUGUACGAUUCUGCAAUAGGCUAAGAAGGAAAACCUAUGCAACAGGCAACAUUCAGCUAGAGGAGCUUGAUCAGGCUGCAUCACUGGUUGUAAGGUCUGUCCAACAAGAGUGCUUUUCGGAGGAAAUCAGCCAACUCCAGGAGGGCAAAGAGGUCAAGGUCACAAGUCCGAUUGCUGAUCUAGGACCGAUCCUGGUCAAUGGAGAGUUACGAGUGGGUGGUCGACUGAGACGAGCACCUACCUUAUUAUCAGAUAAAAAGCACCCUCUCAUUCUGCCAAGGAAGCAUCAUGUUAGCAUUUUGAUCACCCGUCGAUGUCAUGAGAAGUUAGCACAUUGUGGCAGAGAACAAACUGUUGCAGAGACAAGAAAGAAAUACUGGAUCCUCGGUGGGCGUGGAUUGGCUAAGAGACUGAUUUCACAUUGUUGGGUGUGCCGUUACCUGAAUGCGAGGUCCAUGGAGCAAGUAAUGUCCGAUCUACCGCGUACCAGGCUUAUACCCUAUAAGCCGCCCUUCACGUAUCCUGGCGUUGACUUCUUUGGCCCCCUAACCGUGAAAUGGGGCCGCCGUGACACUAGAAAGCGCUGGCGGUGCCUGUUCACAUGCCUCACUACAAGAGCUGUCUUCCUGGAAGUUGCCCAGCCUUUGAGUACAGACGAUUUCCUUCUGGUCCUGAGGCGGUUUGUUAGCAGACGAGGACCUCCCGAGGAAAUACGCUCUGAUCAUGGAUCCAACUUUGUCGGUGCUGACCGUGAACUAAAGUCGUCCAUAGAUGAGUGGAACCAAGGCCAGAUAGAGCAGGAUCUACAGCAGCGAGGGAUCAAGUGGAUAUUUCACCCACCGACAGCUGCUCAUAUGUCGGGCGUGUGGGAGCGCUUGGUGAAAUCCACAAAGAAGCACUUGAAAGCUGUAGCAGGGACCAAUCUCCUGAAUGAUGAAGGACUGAGAACAUUGUUUGCCGAAGUUGAGGCCAUUCUCAAUAGCAGGCCUCUUACUGCAACAUCCGAGGACGUCCGUGAUUGUGAACCUCUCACUCCCAAUCACUUCCUUCUGCAGCGGAAGAUUACUGGAUUGCCACCCGGGAUAUUUGUUAAGCAAGACGGUCUUUUCCGGAAGGAAUGGCGAAAGGUGCAGUACCUGACAGAGCUGUUCUGGGAACGAUGGAUGUACGAAUACUUGCCAAACUUACAGAAGAGAGACAAGUGGUCGAAGCAAAGGAGGAACGUCCAAGAGGGUGAUGUGGUUCUUUUGAAAGAGGACAAUCUUACUAGGAACCAGUGGCCUUUGGCUCGGGUCAUGAAGGUCUUUCCAGGAGCAGAUGGAAUGGUACGAUCGGCACUGGUGAAAAUCGCUACUUCCGAAUAUCAACGACCCAUUGCGAAAAUGUGUCUGAUCGAGGAAAGUGGCGCGUAA